GGUACCUAUCCAAGGCCUUUUUUAUUAGCUACUAGGCAGUUAUCUGUUAUCUAUAUUGAUAUACCGUGGUUUUGAGCGCACAGGUAUUAGGUCAGUCCAUCGUCGCCUCUACUGGAGUCCUCUGCCAGUCGCAGUGUGUUGUGCUGUAGUGCAGCGGGGUGAGCCGCUCAGCGCCUGUGGCGGCCAUGGCCGGCCUGGUGGGCUCCGUGGACGCGGCCGCGCCGCCGGCCGACGUGAUCGGCUCCUCUGAGCGGCGCAGGGAGCUCGGCCAGCGGCUGGACGAGCGCCACCGCGAGCGGCUAGAGUCGCAGGCGCAGCGGCGCUCCGAGCGCACCGCCGGCGCCGCCCAGGCCGAGCAGGCCGACCACUUCUGGGCGGCGCUGGAGCGCGAGGAGGCGGCCGCGCGCGCCGAGCUGGCGCUGCCGGACGGCGCCGACCGGGCGGCCGUGGGCGACGCGCUGGACGCGGCCAGCCGCCGGCUGCAGAGCGUGCAUCGGUUCAUCGCCGACUCGGCCGCCUUUCUACCGGCGUUCGAGCUGCGCCGGGCGCAGGAGCGCGCCCGCCAGCUGCAGCAGUUCGUACAGCAGCGCCAGGACCAGCUGGUGCCCCGCAAACGGUUCGGCUUCCGCGGCCAGCGGGCGGCGCGUGCCGAGCCGCGCCCGGCCGAGGCGGCGGCGCCGACCGAGCCGGCGACGGGAGCGGACCCGGCCGCCGCCGCCGACCAGUGCGGCUUCAGCGGCCAGACGGACGCGCGCCUGGCGCUGGGUGGCGCGGCCGUGACGGGCCGCGACGUGACGCUGACGUGCCUGACGCGGUGCACGGUGCGCGUGACGGGCGCGCCGGCCACGGUGCACCUGUCGCACCUGCGCGACUGCCGGCUCCUGCUGGGCCCCGUCACCAGCUCCGUGUUCCUGGAGGACUGCCAGCGGUGCACGCUGGCGGCCGCCUGCCAGCAGCUGCGCGCCCACACCAGCGCCGACUGCGACCUCUACCUGCACGUCACCAGCCGCGCCGUGGUCGAGCACUGCCAGCGGCUCCGGUUCGCGCCGUACACGCUGACCGGCGCGGACGUGGCGGCGGACUGGGCCACCACCGGCCUGGCCGCCGACACCAACAACUGGAGUGACGUGGACGACUUCAACUGGCUGUCCAAGGCGCAGCCGUCGCCCAACUGGAGCGUGCUGCCGGAGGCCGAGCGGGUCACCGACUGGGACGGGCCGGCGGGCGGCGCCGAGAGCCGGUGAGCCGCGCGCCCACAGUGGGGAGUCAUUCCGACCGGCAGAACGCACUAUGUGAUUACGCCAUGCCGUCCGCCGUCAGACUGGGCUCUCGGCGCCCAUUCUUGGCUUUGCCAGCUGUAAACUGGUGUAUGUUCGAUUGCACUGGGAUAGUCGCCUAGUCAUUGCGUUGCAAAACUGUGUCAAGCAACUGAUAUAACAAUAGUUUUUGCUGAUGUAUUAGCAUUGCCAGGUGGAU